ACAAAAUUGAUUUGUAGAGAGAGAGUGGAUGAGCAUUUUUUUUGCUCACCAUUAAAAGUGGUCUAAGAUAAAGGGACAGAGGUAAUAGUAGUGUUGUACUGUUUUGGCUAUUCGUACACUUUAUAGCAGAAAGAGCAUUUUCAUAAGCACUGCUUAUAGCAUAUACCAGUAAAUAAAUUACCAGUGCAAGUCUGCAACAAAGAAACCAUGAUCCCAUUCUCAUCUCUCUUUCUCUCUAUUUACACAGAUUUCAUUUGCUGAAUUGAAAAUUUAGGGUUGUUCAUAGAGUGAUUGAAAGAGGCCAAAAAAAGAGACCGUUUUUUUUUUUUUUUUUUUUUUUUGUGGGUUUUUCGAAUACGAUGCGGCAACUAUGGAGGUUGAAGCUCUGUUGGGAGUAUCUGGGUCAAAAAUGCGAUUUUGCUGCCUUGAUCACUGUGCAGAAACGUAAUGCAGGUCAACUUUUGCGUGGAGAUCUCUUAAACACUUAUUUAAAGAAUGCAGUCGCUGAGAAGAUGACUUUUUUCUGUCAGAGCAAGGGUUCAGAGAUGGAGCCCACUAUUUCUGUUAACGAGACUCUCUUUGUUCGGAAACUCCCUUAUGUGAAUGCAAGGUUUCGGGGAAAUCCGCAGGACAUUCAUGUGGGUGAUGUAGUUGUUUUAAAGGAUCCUUUGAAUUCAAACAAUUAUGUGGUAAGGAGACUGGCUGCUGUCAGCGGAUAUGAAAUGGUCUCCACUAACAAGGAUGACGAGUCUUUUGUUUUAAAAGAUGGGCAGUGCUGGGUCCUUUCUGACAACAAAAAUCUGAAGCCAGAGGAAAGUAAUGAUAGUCGUACAUACGGACCAAUCUCCAUAACAAACAUUGUGGGUAGAGUCAUCUACAGGUUUCAAACAGCCAAAGAUCACAAUAUUGUGGUGAACAGUAAGUACAGUUUGCGGAAUGACCGUUCAGUCCUCUUCGUAGAACUAGAUCCUGCUGAAGUGCAACUCAAUAAUGAUAAAAAUAGUAAGGACUCUCGAACAUGAGAGUUCUAGGUACAGAACUACAGGGUUGCAGCAUAAGGAGUUCAUCUGACUUUGACAAGAUCGGGAUGAUACAAAGGCAGCUAGAGUAAACGGCUCCGAUUUAACUGAAUGUUUUAGCAGCGAGAUUCAGUUUAGUAUUAGUUAUGUGUGGUUUUAGUUUUAGCAUCUUUAAGCAUUGGGUGCUCUGGCUGUUUUAGUAUCAACUCUUUGACAAAGACACAUUGGCUACAAUGGCAUCAUAGCCAAAUGUGCAUUUUGGUAGAUGCGAAAAUUUCAUGGCCCAUUAUUCAGGUAAUUUGUAGGCUAUCUUGCCAUUCAUUAGGAGAGUGGUUUAAGACGGAGUAUAUGUAAUUAGAUUUAUUAAAUUAAUAAGGUGAUUUAUCAAAUUUGAGAGUUUCAUUUUAUUUA